AUAGCGCAGCCCGGAGGAUUUUUACCGAUAAAUCAACAACAAAGAUGGCCGAAAAGGAGGCCUCGAAAGUCGCGCCGUCUUCUCUGGACAUGAGCAAAGCAAACGCGGUCGUCGUCGGCGCUAUCAAGUCACCGUCAGACGACACCACGCCGGAGUCGGAGCGAGCAGCCGAAUAUCAGAUCGUUGCCGCCAUCGACUUCGGCACGACGUUUAGCGGCUACGCGUACUCGUUCGCGUCGAACAAAGACGCGAUUCACGUGAAUAAAAACUGGGGACAGACGCAGGGAUUUCUGCUGCACAAGACCCCGACGUGUCUCCUACUGCGACCCGACGGCCAGUUCGAGGCAUUCGGGUUCGAGGCCGUGUCCCGCUACAACGACCUGGCAGACGACGAGGCCGCCAACUACUACUACUACGACAGGUUUAAGAUGAAGCUGUACAACAACAAGAGUUUGAAUACCGACAUCGUGAUCGAAGAUGCCAGUGGGAAGACCCAGUUUGCCGUGGACGUGUUUGCAGAGUCUCUGAACUACAUCAAGAAACACAUGCUCCGAGCAAUCAGCGCCCACCUCGGGUACGACCCCCACCCAGACACCGUCCGCUGGGUGCUCACUGUCCCUGCUAUCUGGGACGAGAAUGCCAAACAGUUCAUGAGGGAAGCUGCCUACAAGGGCAGCCUCAUCUCGAAGACUAACAGCGAGCAGCUGGUGAUUGCGUUAGAACCGGAAGCCGCAUCUCUACACUGUCGCCACCUACAGGCCACCGACUUCGUGGGUUACAAGGACAACGCCCUAGCGGUAAAACCUACCUUUGAGCCAGGCACGAAAUAUAUUGUGCUGGACGCUGGAGGUGGGACCAUCGACGUAGUGGCGCACAAAGUCCGCAAAGACAAGCGAGUCCGGGAGCUGUUUCGAGCCACAGGCGGCGCCUGGGGAGGAACCAUCAUCGAUCUGCAGUUCCAGAACUUGAUGGACAAGAUCUUCGGCGAUGCGUUCAUGGACGAGUUCAAACGGAGUCACCCGAAGGACCAUCUCGAACUCAUCCAGGACUUCGAGAUCAAGAAACGCGGAGAGUGCGACAGCAUCAGAGUCUCACUGCCUUACAACUUCUGUAACUUCAAGCACGACGGCGUCAGCGUGCAGCAGGCCAUCAAAUCCUAUGCGGCGGACCACAGCAAUGAAGUGAAAUUCUCCUCCGGAAAGCUGGUUCUGACGUCACCGGUUGUGAAUGCUCUCUUCGCUGAUGCCUUAAGUCAGAUCAAUGAUCAUGUCGAAAAUCUCUUGCGAAAACCGAAAAUGAAAGAUUUGAAAUAUAUAUUCCUUGUCGGCGGGUUUGCCGAAUCGAUAAGGCUCCAGAACUCUCUGAAGACUCAGUUUUGUGAUAGAGUUAACGUUCUUGUCCCGGAAGAAGCCAGCCUGGCGGUGGUGCGUGGCGCUGUCGCUUUCGGUCACGACCCCAGCUCCAUCUGCCAGCGAAUCUGCCGCUUCACGUACGGAGUGGGAUCCUAUCUGCCUUUCGAAGAAGGGGAGCACCGCGAGGACCUCAAGGUUCUGUCAGACGGCGCCACUCUCUGUAAACACAUUUUCCAAACGUGGGCCGACGCCGGGGAGGUCAUAGGUUACAAUGAAGUUUGGCGCGAAACCUACACGCCCAUAAUUACAAACCAAAAAGGCAUAAUAUUCGAGUUUUUCCGAUCGAACAAAAAGAAGAUUAAGUACACUGACGAACCUGGGGUGGAGAAGUGUGGUUUUCUUGUCGUUCAGAUGCCAGAUCCUACCGGAGAUAAAGAAAGGUCAGUCGACCUUGAGGUGACCUUCGGAGGUACGGAGUUGAAGGUCGUGGGAAUUGACCACACCAGUACAACAAAGUACGAAACCUACAUCGACUUUCUUUCGAGUUAGUCGAACACAUAUGGAACCCACGCGAUCUGUAUGAGCCAUAGUUAGAAUAUGGAGUUGACUUGCCAGCAUAAUACUUUUGUAAGCUUCCAUUAUAUACGCGUGUGCAGAGAGGGGGGGUGAUUGUUUUGUUUUUUAAAUAUAUAUUUCGAGGGAGCAUAACCCGAACACUCUUAUAGCGCUUCGCUCGUCACAGUCUAGCCUCCACCCCUGCAUCAUUUCCUGCACACGCGCCUACAUUAAUAUAGGUACAUGUACAGCGAAGCUCAAAGGGUGACAAGUAGCAAGUUCAGUAUUUAGUGUCAGACAUAUGAGGUGUGUUGCGCUUUCCCCAAUACGUCAGACAACAACAAAAACAAGAUAACAAAACAUCAAAAACAAAUAACACACACACACACAUACGCGCGCACACACACGCACACACACACACACACACAUACACACACACACACACACACACACACACACACACAAAUACAUUUUUAAAAAUCAAACAACCUACAACACUUAUUCAUUUAGGUUCUGAUAACAGUAGAUUAAUUAGUUUCUUACUUUGACUCGUAUAAUAAGAAAAUAUAGCUAUCUACAAGGUAUAUGUUUUAGGACAGUUCUAGUUUUAGACAUAUUUUGGCGCAGAAAUCCCUGUAUUGGUUUACAUUACUGUACGGACAUUUUUAGGACAUACAUAAUGUACCCAUUAUACAUUCAUUCAUAGGCCUGUAGUGUGAACUGUCAGUGUUUGUUGUUUAGUUUAUUUUAGUUUAUUGUCCUUUGUUUAUAUAUUUUAUACACAUGUAGUUAUACGUAUAUUUGUCAGGAAACCGAUGGCUUAAUCUACUGACUAUAAACAGUACCGUCUGAUCGAGAAUGAUAAUAUGAAUGUGGUAGCAUUGGCCAUAAAAAUCACUGUCCCAUUGGCGGGUCCAGAGGAGGGUCACAGGGGUCCCAUGACCUCAUCCUGCCAGUUUGAAGUGCUCUUUUUAUUGGGGUUUUUAAAAACAAUUUUAUCAUCCACAAUAUACAACACUAAAUUGGCUGUAAACGCGUGUCUGAGCAUCUUUAGUUUGACAUCCAAUAGCCGAUGAUUAAUUAAUAGAUGUGCUCUAUAGGUGUCGUUAAGCGAAACAAGCUUUAUCUUUACUUCAAAAUGUUCUGGGUAGCACGCCCCUAAAUCGCCAAUCCACCUUCACACAUCUCGCUCCAUUUGGGAGUUCGGCUCAUUUGUCUUCGGCGAACAUUAGAAUUUUGUGAACCCCCUUUACACAAUCCUGGAUCCGCCCCUGUGUCCCAUCAGAGAGAAUCUUCAGAUGAUGGAACUUUAUGAAUAUAGAAUGAUCAGUAUAGAUAAUGGGAAUUCUUGAAAUACACCCCAUAUUUUUGCUAGUCACUUCAAAUAAAAAAUACUGACAAAAUUUGAUGUUCUUAAAGUGUUUUCAAGUGUCUACAGCAAAACAAGGACCACAAAUAGUAACCCCAGGCCUCAUGCUCAUAGCACAUUUAGAAUCUAGAAUCGAUACUAAUAUACUCUAAGACUUUAACGUCAUGGCAACGCCAGACAAAUUGUGUGCGUGUUACGUCAUUAGAGAGUUGAAUCUAGAAUCUAAAUGUUUUAUAAGCAUGGGUCCAGGUGUUACAUUUUUUUCCAUAUCUGUCGAACGAAGAAGACGUUUUUCAAGCUAACUAUAGAUAAGAGAAAGCUAUACGCGUAUGACGCCUUGGAAUGGAGCAAAUCCUCAAAUUGGGGCAAAAACGAUAAAGAUUUUCUAGCAAAAUGACCUGGCCAAUAUAUAUAUAUAUAUAUAUAUAUAUAUAUAUAUAUAUAUAUAUAUAUAUGAACAGUGCUCCCAGACGUAUUGCCAAAAAAAAAAGAGUCCCGACUCCAGACGUAUUGCUAAAAAAAAGUCCAGAUCAACCAAAACUGCAUCUUUUAUUUUUAUCUUCCAGCCUUUGUUUGAAAUAAAAAUAUACCCUCGAGUGUUGUGAUAACCGUUGUGCAACUGGUUCAAUUCCAGUCAUGUACCUUUGUCUAAAUUUACUUUUACAUUUAGUAUUAUGGAACUUCUGCACAUUAACAACGUUGCUAUUUUGAAUAUAUAUGUACUUCGUUUUAUUUUUAAUUAAUUUUAAUAUAAAGAUAUUCUACAUUUUAUGUUGAAAUCAACAUAAUAUUAUUUUUACCAAGAUAUUUGUAUAUGUGGAAGAGGAAGCGAAUAUUGUGUUCUUUCUAAUUGUGCACCAGCUUGAGCAAUGUUUCGCUUGAUAGAACCAGUUGUUAAAACCUCUGAAACAAUCUAAAUUAGUGUAUUUUUACACUAUACGAAAAUGCAAAACUGGAUAAAGUAAACACUUCGUCCCUUUAAUUACAAUUUUAAAUUGGAACUAAAGCGAUGAAGUAAUGUAUUUUUGCCACAAUAUUCACAAACUAGGUGAUAACUUUGCCAAAAUAUUAACCGAAUAAUACAUUAAUUAAUAAUAAUAUUUACUAGAUAUAUAUAUAUAGGUUCUAAUUCAGCAAUUUUGGUAACUUCUUUACUUGAUUAUUGCUAUUUUUUAAACAGAUUUGUAUGAUGUUUUUAUAUACAUGUAUUUAUUAUAUACAAUGUAUUUAUUUAAUAUAUAUCCCUUGUAAUAUACGAAAUGUGUUUCAACGAUUAUUUCAUUAACGAUGCAUAAGUAGAUGUGUGAGUUUUGUUUUGUUUCGUGCGUACCUUGAGUGUGUGUGAGCGAGAUAAAGAGACGGAGAGACAGAGACAAGCGCAGAGAGAUAGGCAGAGAGAGAGAGAGGGAGAGAGAGAUAGAGAAAGAGAAAGAGUGAGUGAGAGAGAUGGAAAUAGAGAGUUCUUGUAUUUAGUAGAUAACUGUACUACUAACUCCUAAUUAAUGGUGCAGUCAUUUGUAAUUCUUCCACCAAAUAAUAAACACGGUUUUUCUAUUCCA